AUGCCUCCACUAACAGGAAAAAGGCUAGUGAGUCCACGUACUCACCACAAAAUGCUAAGGAGGCUUUCCAAAGGCUCAGCAGCCUUUUCUGUUCCUCAGGAACCUGUGAGGACUAAGGCUGCGGGUGAGGAUGGAACGCCCCGUAAACCCGAUGAUAAGUUUAAAAAUGUGAUGGCGAUGCCUUAUGAGGAUAGCAAGAGCAAAAAUCGUUCCAAAACUCACUCUCUCCAACGCUCACCAAAUGCUGCACAACAACGACUACAGUUUCAACAACAACAACGAUUGAAUAGAUCUCCAGAAAAGAAUCAGCGGAGGCAAGGAAAAAGAGGGUGA